AUGGCUAUAUCAGAAAAAUAUAAUGAGGGGAAUAGAAGGGUUAAGAGCUCACUUUACAUAUUGCUUCAACAGCAGGCAUAUACAAAUUCGUUGCCCAGCACUUUGUUGGCUUCAACUGUCCAGAAUUCAAGGGAGGAUCUUUCAUACUCACCCUUUCCUGUGACACAAUCAAUGCCCACAAAAUACAGCAAUGUGGCUUCUUCUAUCAGUGGUCCUACCAUUUCCAUGCAAGAGGCUUUGGGCGCUGGUAAUAUUUCUACACCUCAGCCUCCUCCACAGAGCCUGCCUGGUGCCAGCGUUGCCACAGGACCUGCUAUUCCGCAACACCUUGCUGUGCACCCGUAUUCCCAACCUAAUCUUCCUUUGGGACAUUUUGCCAACAUGAUCGGCUAUCCAUUUUUGCCUCCUCAGAGCUACACAUACAUGCCCUCGGCUUUCCAGCAGCCGUUUGCUGGUAACAGCACAUACCAUCAGUCUCUGGCAGCAGUGCUACCACAAUAUAAAAACAGUGUUUCUGUCAGUAGUUUGCCUCAAUCUGGUGCUAUUGCCUCUGGAUAUGCAUUUGGGAGUUCAACCAGCAUUCCUGGAGGAAACUUUCCUCUGAAUGCACCCGCUGCACCUACCGGCACAACUGUUGGCUAUGAUGAUAUUAUAAGUUCUCAGUACAAGGACAGUAAUCAUUUGAUCUCGCUUCAGCAGAAUGAGAAUUCAGCCAUGUGGGUUCAUGGGCCUGGUUCACGAACAGUUUCUGCACUUCCGAGCACAUAUUACAGCUUCCAGGGGCAGAAUCAACAGGCUAGCGGGUACCGGCAAGGUCAGCAGCAAUCGCAGCAUUUUGGUGCUCUUGGGUACCCAAAUUUCUAUCAUUCUCAAACUGGGUUAUCAAUGGAACAUCAGCAGCAAAAUCCUAGGGAUGCAUCCCUUGGUGGAUCUCAAGGCCAACAAUCAAAGCAGUCUCAACAGAUAUGGCAAAACAACUACUAAUCUCAGUCACCUCCCGGUUUUUCAGGGUCUUGUAGUGAGUGUGAAAGUGGCCAUUCAUAGGCAUUCUGCAGUCUAAUAAUCUCUCAUAUGUUUCAUUGAUUGGUCUGAAGAGACCUUGACUGGCUGCUGCCCUGUGCCACCGAGGUUGUAUUCUACACAUUUAUGUCCUGUUAUGUUUAACCUAGGAACACGUGUGCUAAUUUGAGUUUAGUGGACAACGCCGAUUCUCUCUUUCACUGUUUUUCUUAUUCUCUCAUUGUACUUGAAAGUUGUUUUUGGUUUGGUUGGAGAGUCCUAGCUAACUUUGUUAUCUCUAUCCUUACUAACCGAUAACCGAUUGCCUGUUUUGUGUAA